UUCUCUUAUCUCUCAUUUCCCUGUAUUUUCCAUUUUCCGCCUCUCUCCUCCCAAAAACCCUGCAUCCCACAGCCGCUCCUCCUCCCUGAAAAUGUCUCAAGAUCAGCUGAUCCUCCGCGGCACAAUGAGGGCCCACACCGACUGGGUCACGGCCAUCGCCACUCCAAUCGACAACACAGACAUGAUCGUCACUUCUUCCCGCGACAAAUCCAUCAUCCUCUGGUCCUUGACCAAAGAAGACAAAACCUACGGCGUCCCUCGCCGCCGCCUCACCGGCCACUCUCACUUCGUCCAAGACGUCGUUCUCUCCUCUGAUGGUCAGUUCGCUCUCUCCGGCUCCUGGGACGGCGAGCUCCGCCUUUGGGACCUUCAAUCUGGCAACACCGCUCGCCGCUUCGUCGGCCACACUAAAGAUGUUCUCUCCGUAGCCUUCUCCAUUGACAACCGCCAAAUUGUCUCUGCUUCUCGCGACAAAACCAUCAAGCUGUGGAACACUCUCGGGGAAUGCAAAUACACCAUCCAGGAUGCUGAUGGGCAUACCGAUUGGGUUUCUUGCGUUCGGUUUAGCCCGAAUAAUCUGCAGCCGACAAUUGUUUCUGGGUCGUGGGAUCGAACUGUGAAGAUUUGGAAUUUGAGUAACUGUAAGAUGAGGGCAACUUUGGCUGGGCAUACUGGGUAUGUGAAUACUGCGGCGGUUUCUCCUGAUGGAUCGUUGUGUGCUAGUGGAGGGAAGGAUGGAGUGAUUUUGUUGUGGGAUUUGGCUGAGGGAAAGAAGCUCUAUUCGUUGGAUGCUGGUUCCAUUAUCCAUGCUUUGUGUUUUAGUCCUAACAGGUACUGGCUUUGUGCUGCAACUGAGGCGAGCAUUAAGAUUUGGGAUUUGGAGAGUAAGAGUAUUGUGGUGGAUUUGAGGGUUGAUUUGAAGCAAGAGAGCGAAAUGGCUGCUGAAGGCACCACUGUUCAGACAACUGGUGCUAAAAACAAGGUCAUCUACUGCACCAGUCUUAGCUGGAGUGCUGAUGGAAGCACACUUUUCAGUGGUUACACAGAUGGUGUCAUCAGAGUUUGGGGUAUCAUGCGUUACUAGAAAGCAUAUGUGGUGUGGUGGUGCAUUCAGCACAUGCGUGUCAUAGUGAAAUUUAGUUGUUUAGAUUUAAGUUGAAAUGCUGGAAGGAUAUUUGGAUUCUAUAUUUUUGUUUUGAUGAUUUUGAGAUCUACCUUGUUUCAAUUUUGGAUAUUACUGUAGUCGUUACCCUGAGUUUCCUAGACUCCUAUAAAUCAAGUUCUUUUACUCAAAACCAUGUCAGUUACUUUUCAA